AAAAAAAUACAAAAUCAACAAGUCUAUACUUAGUAUAUAAUGAAUGUAAAUACAAUUGAUUUAUCUUGUGAAGACAGUAAUCAGAAUGAUUCAGUGCCGUAUUGGUUGUCGACAAUGCCUUCAACGGUAAUAGAUUUAGAAGAGGAGGUAGAACCAUAUUUUUCUGCAAGUGGAAUUAGCGAUGACUCCGAGAAAAUUAGUAAAAAAUCAGGGGUGGAAGUUGAACAAUCUGUAUCAUCAAGUGGUGUUAGUUGUGGGUCUAAAAAAAAGAGAGGAAGAAAAAAUGGUUGUGUUGACAGAGAAGGUAAGAAAACAACGGCUAAAGAAAGACAAGCUUUAAAGAAACGGUUGGCAGAAGAAAGAAAAGCAGCUCAAAAUGCUAACAAAAUAUUUAAACCUGGAGAGUGUAUCAAGCACAUGACUGUAGAAAUUCACCCAGUACUGCUGGAAACAUGGUUUUGUGCGGAUAUACAGCGAGAAGUGAGUGCGUGCGGAGCACGGCUGAAGACUUCCUCUACACUAUGUGAUACUGCACUUGUGCUGUGGAACAGAACAGUACUGCCAACAUUGACGAGCAACAAUGGAUUGGUACAACUGACCCCCUCCAAGCAGAGAUGUUCACACGAACUGUACAUACAAACGGCAGUGGAUGUGGAGAGCCUGGUCGCUUCACACACUCUCGCAGAUAAUGUGCGUAGAGUAAAGGAGUUGGCGGGUUGCGAACUAACCCUAGUACUGUUCGGUGUUAAGGAAUAUUUCAAAACGUCCGGUCGUAAGACAACUAACAGCAGGCAGAAACUUAUAACCGAAAUUGAUCUGGAGAAAGCGAUAACAGAUCUGUUAGUGAGUGCGAAUUGCGACACAAUAAUAGUGAACACUCCAAACGAACUGGCUCUUACCAUCGUUCAGUUCACAAAGGCUAUUGCUGAGGAACCCUAUAAAAAAUCGAAACGAGCCUUAGACGAACAGGCAGAUUUUUACAUGAGAGGUGACAAUAAGAAAUGUGUGGCGGUAGAUAAAGAUGGCAAUGGUCUCAGCAGAUUAUGGCAACAGAUGAUCGCUAUUUUACCAUUGUCCAGUCUGGAAACAUCUAGAGCGUUAUGUGCACAGUAUAAAACACCAUUAGAAUUAUAUGAGAGUCUCCAAACACCAACUGGAGUAACAGAUUUAGCCAAUGUUGGAGUUUCAAGAGCAGCCGCCCCUGGUUCUAAGGCACGACGUAUCGGUCCUGAGUUUGCCCGAAAAUUGCAUACUUUGUUUACUGCCGAAGAUGGAAACAUUUUAUUAGACUGAUUUUUAGUUAUAUGACUGAUUAAAUUAUUUUCAUUAAAA